AGAGAUGAAGACGGUGCGGUACAGUGUGUCCGGAGCCGACUGGAAAAAGGAAGUGAAUGUGUGGAGGAAGUGGAGAUAUAAGAAGCUGUUGGGUGAACGUUUUGUGUCAGUGCCUGCUGAGCAGACCCGGAGCGGACAUUGGCCAUGGCAAGUCCCAUGAAAGAAGGAAUCCUGCACAUUCUGCAGUAUAAGUUUGGCAUGAAAGUUUGGAAGAAGAACUGGUCCCUAUUGUACCCAGCAAGUUCAAACAGUAUUGCCAGGCUGGAACAGUUUGACGCAAAGGAUUGGACUAACACUCCUGAGAGGCAGAAUACAAAACGAGUGGAGAGGAUCAUCCGUUUGUCUGACUGUAUCAGCAUCAAUCAGAACCAGGUGGAAAACCCUCCAAAAGAGACGGCGACAUUUAACAUUAUCACCAUAGAGAAAACCUACAUCAUGGCAGCUUCGAAACAUGAUGUGAUGGACUGGGUCAAGUGCCUUUGUGUAUUAGCGUUUCAGAAUACCAGUACAAAAAAACCAAAUGAAGAUAUUUCUGCAUCCAGGGCCGCAUUGCCUGGUGACUCGUUAAGAAUGGAAGAAAAUGAACUUUAUUCAACAAUACCCCAAGGUGCAGUAUUAAAUGAAAUAAGGAAAAUGUGCUAUCCAGUGUGA